AUGGCGAAAAUCAUUUCGCUUAGUGCGGUAAUCCUAGGCUGCAUCUUGCUGAGUCGCGCGGAACCAACAGUUAAUGCUGGAUAUACUAUCGGCGGGGAGGACAAUGGUUUCACGUACAGCAGCAACAUUAUCAACAGCGCGUAUCUACCUGGCGCAGGGAAAGAAAGUCAGAGAGAAACCAGCGAUUUUUAUAGCGGCGGAACUGGACACUCAUUGACCGGUGUGAGAAGUCAAGGAAACCUCGAAGAAAGUCUAAGGAGCAGCACUUAUAACGGAUUUUCACCUAGUUCCCACAACACCGGCUUCACUGGAUACUCCACUGCCGGACGAGAGAAUCUCGGCACGAGUUCUUACUUCAUGAACAACGCGGCCCAAUCUGGUUAUGAUAACUACGCGAGCAGCAGCAGCAACGUGGACUCCACGUUAGAUACUUACACCCAAGGCAGCGACCAGCCGGAAUCCGACUUCAGCCAAUUUUCGAUCACCAAGCACAAGACCCCAUCGUACAUGAGAUUUUCUGACAGCUUACCUGGAACGUCCAGUAUCGGAAGUUACCCAGAACUGAACAUGGAAGGAUCUUCUUUAAGAGGAGAAUAUUCCCCCGACAGCUUCAGGAGUCAUUCGUCUCAUUCUUCGGGAUUCAUGGAUGCCGAUCAAACCUUCAACAGGGAUGCUACCAGCCUCUUCAGCACUCCCAGCAGCGAUUACUCUUUCGGAAAACACAAGGAACCCGCGUUCGCGAUGACCGGCACUAACAAAUACACGAGCGAGGUGUAUUCUCCUCAUCCGGAUUCUCGAUACGUGCGAGGAAACCACGGGAAUGUUCGCGACUACGCUUCGACCAUGGCACUUUUGGCUAAUUCCGGUAGCACUCCGUUCAGAGGAUCCUCUGGCAUUUACGGCACCGGGAAAUUCAGCAAAUACAACAAAUACGCGAGCGACUAUGCUCCCGGCACGGGUUUAAACUAUCUCUCGAAAGAUCAAGACGUUGACAAUUAUUUUUUCGGUAAGAACACCGGCAGCGGGAAACUGACUGCGAUUAAAGAUGGCAGGCCGGGCAGUUACAGUAGUCAGUCGCCGUACCCCGUCCCCGGCGGACCUUCCUAUCUCGGUAAGCUCAUCGGAGGUUACAAAAGCAAGCCAAGUUUCGUAAGUUCAUAUCCUGGAAGUUCUCCGGUUAGUUAUUCGUCAAUGCCUAGCAGUUUGCACGGUAGUUUGAGUGGUAGCAAUUAUGGCGAGAAUCCUUUGAUGAGAAGAUACCGAAGUAGUAGUUACGGUUACGGACAUCCUAGUAUGUACCCUGGUUAUUACUGACGACGAGCUUGAAGUGUGAAGCGUUACGGAACUAUUUUCAUACCGCUCGAAGAUUUUCGAGGCAGCAGUCGCAGAUGUCACUGUACCCCUAAUGAGCGCGCUAUUUUUCACCGGCAUUUUUAUCCCGUUUAUUGGCUGCCCGUUUCACAAACUGUCAGCCGGAUAUUAAUCAUUCCACUGUUACGGCUCUGGCUUUAUUUCUUCUAAGGAUAAAGAAUGAAAGGGUCGGUGGAGAGGAGGGACGGAAGGAAGGAGAACUCGUGUUCCUUUAUUAGCAAGUCGGUCGCGCAGUUCGAACCGAGGACCUGUCGAGGGAUCGGAACGACGCGUCGGUCUCCACGAAUGGAGUGAAGAUACGAAC